CGCAGUUUUGGAAUGCUCGGGCACCAGUCGACCAAGUACCAGACCUUUGCCGACGCCGAGAAGGCGACGACAACGCACCCGCUGGAGGCUGCCAACUGGGCGGCGAAGCUGCUCUUCUCUUGGGCAGCUCCGCUCGUGCCACUCGCCAACAAUCGCCCGCUCGAACCCGCAGACUUGUGGCCGCUGCAAGCGUCCAGCAAGGUGCACACGGCGGCCGCCAACUUUGACGCCGAGUACCACGUGCAUGGCCAGAGCAUUGUGAGAGCGUUCUUUGCCGUCUUUGGCAAGCGCUUUGCGUUGAUUGGCGCGCUCAAGCUGCUCGCGAUGGUUGCGGACCUCGCGCCGCCCGUGCUGCUCUACCUCAUUCUACGCACGCUGGCAGCACCGUACGAGAUGCAGACACUACUGCUCUAUGGCGCCAGCCUCGUGCUCGCGUACAUUGUCAAAGCGUUUGCGCGGGCGCACGUGGUGUUUCAAAACGCGGUCGUCGGCAUCCACUUGACAUCGGCGCUCCGGCACAUGCUCUUUGAGAAGGCGCUCGGAAUGCACUCGAGCUACGUUGUCUGGGCGCAGGAGCUGAGCCCAACGACGUUCUCGACCGAAGUGAUGCAAGUUGCAGACAUCGCCUUGCUCGUGCACCGGCUCUGGCUGCUGCCACUUCACCUUACUGUGGGCAUGGGUCUGCUCUACUAUACGAUGGGAUCGGCGCUGUAUGCUGGCAUGGCUGUCGCGUGCGCAUUGCUUCUGCUCCACGGCCUUGUGACAGCGUGUUAUAAUGCGUCGGCCCACAGCGCGGUGCACUCGCAGCACAUCAACGCUCGCAUGAAAGAGCUCCACAAGGUCCUCUCCAACAUGGAAAUGGUCAAGUGGAAUGGCUGGGAACAUGCGUGCGAGCGAGCCGUGCUGCGUCUUCGCGACGCCGAAGAAACCGCGCUCGGGCGGCAUCUGCGGUUUCUCUGGCUUUCGAGUACCCUCUUGGCCUGUGCCCCGGCCUUGAUCGUCCUGGCGAUCUUUGUCGCGCAUUCGAUCCUCUCGCCGGGCCACUGGCCUGCGACGCUGGUCUUUCCGACACUGGCGCUCGUGCAUCUUUUGCAGGCACCGUGCGCACUCUUCCUCGAGACGGUACAGGCCAUUCUCCUCGCCUGGCGCGCGCUCCAGAGCAUGCAGUCGGUGCUGCUCGUCGAGCAAGUCGACGACACGAACGUCGUCACGGUGGCCGAUCGCAACGCGGCCAAGUACGCACGAGAUCACACGGUCAUUGCGAUUCACGACGGCACAUUUCAUUGGCACCGCGAUGCGCCCAGUGUCUUGAGCAAGGUCCGGCUCCGCGUCACGCGCGGCGACUUUGUCGUAGUCCACGGAGCACGGGGCACGUCAUCGCUCUGCGCGGCGAUCUUGGGCGAGAUGCACAAGGCGUCGGGAACGGUGUUUCUCGGUGGCUCGAUUGGCUACGUCGCCCAAAAGCCGUGGGUCCAGCGCCUUCUGAGCAUCCGCGACAACAUCCUUUUCGGCAAGGCGUACGAUCGUGUCAAGUACCAGCGCGUCAUCGACGCGUGCGCGCUCAAUAUGGAUUUUUUGACCUUUCCGCUCGGCGAUCGCACCGAGCCCGUGCUGCAAGGACCCAGCGCCAAGACGGUCGUGCUCUCGCCAGCCCAGGAGGCGCGCAUCAGCCUCGCCCGCGCGUGCUACAGCGACGCCGACAUCUACGUCGUCGACAGUGUCCUCGCGGCCAUGGACGCCAACGUGGCAGGCCACAUCUUUCGACAUUGCUUUCUCGGUGUCCUUCUGCACAAGACGCUUCUUCUGGUCUCGAACGACCCCGAGAUCAUUGGCUCCAAGUACAUUGAUGCCACCAUUUGUGUCGAUGACGACGGUAGCGUCACGAGCGCACUCAACUCCACCCGUGAAAAGCUACCCAAGUCACCGAUUCGGCGCAAGAAGAGCCAGAAAGACCACACCAACUUGGACGUUGUGUCGUCGCCGCCACUACCGACGCCGCCGCGGCGAGUCCCGUCGGGCCCGAUGGCGUCACCACCGCUGCUCGUGCCGCAAGUCGAGCUGACGCCGAUCGCAGCCACGUCCGCGGCCUACGUCUUUACGCCCAAGGAAAAACGCGUCGCCCACAUUGACGAAGCGACGCAGGUGCGCCGUAGCCUCGUGCUAUCCAGUGAAGACGACGGACUGCGGAGCCCCCACCGGCGCGUGCCGUCAUCGGUCGUAGCGGCGUACGUGGAUUGGCGCCACCGGCGCGGCACAGGCCUCGCGCUGCUCGGAUGCGUGCUGCUUGUGCAGCUCUUCCGCGUCGCCAGUGACCUCUGGCUCACCCAAGUGGCCUUGCCGUUCAAUGGCGACGACACAUGGCUACCACGGCAGCUAAACACUUUGAGUGACAAACUCGGCGGGCUCGAGCUACGAGUGGUCGUCUACAGCGGCCUUUUGCUCACAAGCGUGUGCUGCGUGAGUGCCCAAGCCUACCUCGUUCUCGUGCUGGCGCGCGCCGCCGCCACACGCCUCUUUCAGCACCUUCUGCACCGCGUUUUGCGGGCGCCCUUGGCCUUCUUUGACACGUACCCGCUUCGUCGCCUCCUGACUCGGUUCCGUGACGACGUGUACAUUUGCGAUGUCCAUAUGCUGUAUGCGCUCUCGCCCAUCCUCGUGUUUACCUCGACGCUCUGCGGGACGCUUUUGACGGCGACGGCGCUGCUCCAAGUGCUCGGCGUCCUCCUCCUGCCGUGGGCCAUUGCUCUCUGGCAAAUCGCGCGCGACGCGAUCUUACCCGUGCGGGAGCUCCAGCGAUUGAUGCAGCUGACACAGGCGCCGCUGAGCACGCUUGUCGCUGCGUCCGUCGAAGGCAGCGUCACGAUUCGAGCGUUCGGCAACAAGCAGCUUUUGCGGUUCUAUCACCUCCACCACGAGAAGAUCGAGGCAUUUGCCCAAGCCCGUUUUGCGGCGACCGCGGUUCAUGCUCGGACGUCGUUGCACUUGCAGCUGCUCGCGGCCGGGCUCCAAGCGACACUGCUCCUCGGUGCCCUGCUCGUUCGCGGCCAGUACAGCCCACCGGUCAUCGGCCUCCUCAUUACUUAUAGUCUCGCGCUGCCCGUGCACUUGGACUGCAUGGUGCACAUGCUAGCGGCCCUUGAAACGUGGAUGAGCGCGCCCGACCGGCUUCUCCUCGCAGCGCAGCUCGAAGACGAAUCGCCCGCGGAUGCUGCGACGACCUAUUCGUUCCCCAACGGCCGCAUCACAUUCGACCACGUGGCCCUCGCGUACAAGCCCAACGACCCGAACGUUCUCAGCGACGUCUCGCUGGUUAUUGCUGGCGGUGAAAAAAUUGCGUUCUUCGGGCGUCCCGGCGCUGGCAAGUCGUGCAUCGCGUUUGUCCUCUUCCGCCUCUAUGCACUCGUCGACGGCCGCGUCUUGAUCGACGACGUUGACGUGGCCGAUGUGGAUGUCAUAUCGCUGCGAAGGUCCUUGGCCAUCGUGCCUCAGUACCCGACGUGGCUGCAUGCAACGGUGCGCGGGUUCCUCGAUCCUGACAGCCUCUACCUCGACGACACGGUGGUUUGGGCCGCCCUGGAGCGCGUGUCGUUAGCCGGCGCUGUUCGAAGCGUUGGCCUCGAUACGCCGAUGGACGGCGACCACGUCUUCUCGCUUGGCGAUCGGCAAUUGCUCUGCCUUGCACGUGCCAUCUUGCGCCAGGCCAAGAUCCUUGUGGUCGACGAGGCGUCGCCAGAGGUCGAGGCCACGCUCCAGAGGGUGCUCGCCGAGAGCUUCGCUAGCGCCACCGUUCUCGUCAUGACGCAGCACAGAGAGGUAGCGCUGCGCUGCGACCGCGUCGUGCUCAUGGACGGCGGUGACGUUGUCGCUGUGGGUUCGCCGACGGACCUCCUUCCUGUUCCACAACCGGCGACGUGACAGUGCCAUUCGAAAAUCCCAUAAAUUGCCGUAAAAUACACUAUAAUUCCGUA